GGAGAAUGGCCGCACAGGUGCCUGCUUCUUGCGCCUGCGCUCAGUGCGCCCCGCCUCGCCAGGUGGGCUCCGCCCCCUAUCAGACGGGUAACCUUCGGCAGCUCCUUACAGGCGGCCGCCAUUGUCUCCCGCUUUCACCCAGCAAUUGAGCGUCUGGCGCGGUUGUGAACGGUGGGGAGUCGCUGUGUGUUACUGGAGACAAAGAGGGAGUGAGGAGUGUUCUCCUGAAUUGUGGGCAUAGGAAUCGGAGUCCUCACACCAAAGGUCCGAGAAAGGAUCUUUCCGACCACUUCGGCCUGACGCGAGGCGCUCCCGUGCGCGUGCGCGACAAGGGGCUUCCCGCACCUGAUCGCGAGACCCUCAAAAGCCAGCGGCUAGAGGCCUCACCUGCGCGGCCGGGUGGAGCCCGUCAUGGCGCAGCUGUGUGGGCCGAGGCGGGGCCGAGCGCUCCUCGCCCUGCUGGCGUCGCUGUUCCUCAUAGGCGCCGAGGCGGCGGACGGAGAACCUAACAUUCACGACUUUUGCCGAGUUCCAAAGGUAGUGGGAAGAUGCCGGGCCUCCUUCCGCAGAUGGUGGUACAAUGCCACGGACGGAUCCUGCCAGCAGUUCGUAUAUGGAGGCUGUGGUGGGAAUGACAAUAAUUACCUGACCAAGGAGAAGUGUCUUGAGAAAUGUGCUGGUUUCACAGAAAACACCGUUGAUGGUCUGGCCACUAGCAGGAAUGGAACAGAUUCCUCUAUCCCAAGUGUUCCCGGAAGGCGGGAUUUUGAUGACCCUUCCAGUGAUGUUUUCGACUAUGAAGAACACUGCACUGCCAAGGCAGUCACAGGGCCUUGUCGCGCGUCCUUCCUACGUUGGUACUUUGAUGCUGAGAAGAACUCCUGUGACAACUUUAUCUAUGGAGGGUGCCAGGGCAAUAAAAACAACUACCUCUCCAAGGAGGCAUGCAUGAGCCGCUGCUUCGGCAAGCAGCUGUAUCCUGUCCUGCCCCGCAGCACUAAAGUGGUGGUCCUGGCAGGGCUGUUCGUGAUGGUCCUGAUCGUCCUGCUGGGAGCCUCUACUGUCUGCCUGGUGAGGACAGCGCGGAGGAACCAGGAGCGCGCCCUCCACACCCUCUGGAGUUCCGAGGAUGAUAAGGAGCAUCUGGUGAAGAACACGGUUGUGCUGUGAACACCUCGUCCCCGGGAGGCCACCCUUCAGGGCUCAGGACCCGCUGUCCACGAAGAGAACCCUGGGCGGGGCGGGGGCAGAGAGAACUAUAGGGUAUGUGUGUGUGCUUUUUAAAAUAGAGUGAUUGAUUUGUAUUUUUGUGAUUAUUAGGGCUUUUUGUCUGUUUGGUACUUUGGAAGCUAAGAGGGCUGCUUCCCGGUUCUCCCGGGGCGGUUCACUUUGGAAACCUCCUAAUGGUUCACAUCCGGACCAGCCCCGCCCCAGACCAGAAGUCAGCUCCUCUUCGAUUCCUUUACUCCAGGGAUAGUUUUCUUUGUUCACGUGGAAGCCUUGUUGACUCCUUUCCCAUCACAGAAGUAGUGUUUUCAUAGUUUCCUUUGUUUGAUUUGUGGGGUUUUUCAUUUUUAAAUAAGCAGAAACAAAAGUUUUUUUAAAAAAUUAGGAUUCUGAAAA